AUGAAUUUGCAAAAGAUCAAGUUUCUCGGAAUUAUUUUGAUUAUACUGUACAGUCAGUUAAAUAUUCUGAUCUAUAUUUCAGGAUUCAGUAAAUCCGAAUCUUACUGUGGCAUAAAGUACGAUCCGGAUAGUACGCCUAACAACGACGUGCUCAGAAUUCAAUCAGAGAAUGGUCCACUCAUUUACGUAAUCAACAGCACUCAUGGACCAGCAUUCCACUACCCAUCCGUGACAGGUGACAUUUACUGCGUUUACUAUGGCUCUGAAGGUGCGUUACUUUCGAUUCCCAGGAUAUAUUUUGCUUGUUCCGGCUCCUCCUUAAAAGUGACCGGUCGCAAUGGUCGGAAAUUAUUCAAUACAACUUACCUGACGAAAUCUUGGAAGUCACCGGUGUAUAGUUUACACAAAUAUGGGCAAUUUAAUUUUAACCAUGAAAACCUUUCAUGCAUCGACACACCCGUUUCGAAGAUGCAACUCCAUAAGAAAACUCAAUUCCUUCACGACUACAAGUACAUAGAUCGGAAUUAUUAUCAAGUUGGCUUCAAAGUUAGCGAGAUCGAUUUCUUGACGUGUUACCACAUCGUUCAGAUAAGCGGAUUUUACCUUUUUGGUCAUGCCACUGUGCCAGCAUUGAUAAAGAAGAGUCCCAAAUUAACUGGGACUUACGAAUACAGAGAAGGGAUAAUAAGAAAUAAGAACACCAUCAAUUUUACCGAAAUCUACACAAAAGAAUUCCAGAUGCAACAUCUACGAACCCUAAUGAACAAGGAAACUGUGCAAAAAUACUUUUCUGACGACAAUUACUUGGUCAAAGGACACUUGGUAUCUAAGGACGACUUUUUCUACAAAGCUCAGCAAAUCAGUACGUUCAAUUACGAUAACACCUUUCCAAUCUGGCGCAGCAUAAAAGAAGGCAACUGGCAAUUGAUUGGGGAGAUCGUUCGAAAACUGGCCGAUCAGUCCGUCUCGGAUAUGGAAAUUUACACUCUCCCCUUCGAUUUUCUGCACGUGAACAGUAGCACCGACUUUUUUGCCCAAAAUCUGAACACUUCCAUGUACAUCCCGAAAAUUCUUGCCAAGGUGGUAUUCUCCUCUACGAAUCACGAACGAGGCUUGGUGUUUCACACCGCCAACGAUCCCUACAUCAACAGGGCAGAAAUGAAAAAGUUGAUGCUGGAAGCCGAAGUUGGUCUGUGCACGAGACUACUGGACUGCGAUUAUCAUCCGGAAUUUCACGUGGUGAAGAGAGGCCUGACGUACUGCUGUGCGCUCGAAGACAGCAAGAUAAGAAAUUUCGUCAUGAAUCGAAUACGAGUAAAAGUUUAAUUUACGCUAUUGAAUCGAUUAUCGUUGUUUAAAAAGUCAUCGAGUAAAAGAAAAAUUUUCCCACUUCA